CCUACACCAUGGAGGGACCAGAUGAGCUGACGUGUGAAACCAAGGGGAUAAUUCCACGCGCAGUCGAUCAGAUCUUCGUCACUGCGCGUAAACUGGAGACCAUGGGAUGGGUGUACAAGUUCACAGCCAGCUUUCUGGAGAUAUACAACGAGACCAUCCGUGACCUGUUGGUGACCAAAUCACAGACUGCGGUCAAGUAUGAGAUCAAGCAGCGGAGUAACAAGAGUGCACGUGACCAACCUGGACCAACCUGGAGUACAUCAGUGUCGGCACAGUGGAGGAGGUAUGUACUCACCCCCAGUAACGUUACUCCCUGCCCUGCCCACAGGUCCGGCUGGGCAGGCUUCUCCAUGCGGACUGCCGAGAUGCUCACCAUGUUCCUGGCCCUGUGA